AUGACAGGACAACAUAGUUUCGAUACUCCCGACAACUCAGAUGUUGGACAAGCUGAGCCUCAUCACUCUACCUCUGGUAGCAAGCCCAACAACACUCCGGCCGUCGGGCCACUCAACAAAGAUUUCAUUGCCUGGUUAGGCCCUUUCGUACCACUACAUUUGUGGAGUCCCCUGAGGUUAACAAGAAAACUGAAGUUCAAAGGAAUCGUUGGAAUGCACAAUUAUCCCAAGUUCCAAGCAUAUGAUGUGGCUGCCGAGUUCCCUGACUGGCAUCCAUCUAGUGAUGAUCCGGUGGCAAAAAAAGACAAAGAAUAUGAGCUAUGUUUUAAUGGCAACGAUGAUAAAAUAACAAGCAUGCUGGCCGACAUAUAUGCUGGAGACUUGAUGAGAUCAAAAUGCGUAGCCGGCCCAGCAACCACUCCAUCAGGAGAGCCAUCUAACACAACAAGCACCUCUGAAACUCCUUCCGAUUCAGCCGCCACGGAUGUCACGUCGCACUACAAUGUCGCACCGGCAUUCGCAUCAGAGGAAGACAUGUAUGACUGCGGAUGGUGCGAUCCUGUCACUGCUGAAAUCAAAGAAAAUCCUCAUGACUGCGGAUGGCGGGAUGGGCCCUCCGAGACAAACAUCGACCAAGGCUGGGAUCAUUCCACGGAAAACCCGCAUGAUUGCAGAUGGGAAGAUGCUGUCGUCGCCAAAAGCAUGGGGAUACUGAUGAAUAUUUAUGGACCGGUGAGAUCUCUCCAGAAGCUGCGAAUGCGUUGGAUGGGGAAGAUCCCUAUGACUGCGGCUGGGAUGACGUCAUGGAUACCAACAUGUGGGUAUCGACGGGAGCCAACUACUACAAUGCAACCUGGUGUGAUGGAUACGACACCCACUGAUGCAGAAGCAGAGGCAGUUGACCGAUUCGUAAGCACCAUAGUGGUAGCAUCUGCCGGAGACAUCUGGAACUAUGUCCCGGCAACAACGUCAACAUCCAACAGUAGUCAUUAUGGAGCCGUUGAAAACGCAAGAGACAGGGUGACCGAACUCGGGGACGAUGUUGCUAACAUUCAUGGUUUACUCAAUAUCCACCGCAAUAUCAUGGAUGCAGUAGAACUCAUGAUUGCGCGACAUGAGCAUUGCCGGCCAACCGAGUAG